GACAACGGUGACGCUUUCUUCAGAACAUCUCAAUGAGAAAAUCCAACAAAUAACCCUGAAAUUACCCCAAAGAUUCCACAAGUGAAGUCGAGCCAAGAUGAGUCGUCUUUAUGAUGCUGUUGAGCCCUCUGUGAUUGAUGAGGACAUGCUACAGAGGGCAGUGGAGGAACAGGGACCGAGAGAUGAAGCUGGUAGAAUAGCUAAACAAGAAGGCAUCGACUUUGCUGAUGUCUUAGCUCUGAGGUUAGAUUUUAAAAAUAUUUUGAAGAUUGACAAUUUGUGGUGUUUCACCAGUCUGACAAAGUUACAGAUGGACAACAACAUCAUUGAAAAAAUUGAAGGCUUAGAUAUGCUGGUGAAUCUUGUCUGGUUAGAUUUAUCCUUCAACAAUAUCGAAGCCAUCGAGGGCCUGGAUAAAUUAACCAGACUUGAAGACCUCACACUUUACAACAACAGAAUAUCUCGAAUUGAGAACAUGGAGACACUUAAUCUCCAUGUGUUUUCGAUUGGAAAUAACAACUUAAAAGAACUGGACAAUCUGGUAUACUUACGGAGGUUCAAGAAGCUGAGGACGCUAAACUUAAGUGGAAAUCCCUUCUGUGAUCUCUCAGAGUACAAAGUGUUUGUGAUUGCUCAUCUGCCAAACCUCGAUUAUCUUGACUACAGACUGAUUGAUGAGAAUUCUAAAGGAUCCGCGUAUGAACUUUACCAGACUGCCAUUGAGGAGCUUGAUCAUGAUGAAGCAAAGAAGGAGAGAGAAGAAGGAGAGAGGACUAUGAGGGAUGGAGAAUUGAAACGCCACAAGGCUGGUUACAUCGAAAACCUGAAUGGGCCGUAUCUGUUUGAUAGUCUAUACCAGGAGGAUACUGAGGGCCAGAAACUCAACUUCAUGCCAACUGUGGAUGAACUCCUUAUUACCUUCAAAGAGAAGUUUGUGCAAGUGUGUCUACAGAUAUUCGAGUAUGGUCUCGAGGAGCAUAGUAAACGUGAAGAGGAAGUCCACCAGUUUACUGAAUGUGUCGAUGAAGCCAAGCAAGAUAACAAGCAGAUGGGCAUGCUAGGCAUUGCGUACUUCAUGGAGUUUAAAAAGAAGUUAUUCCAAGAACUGCCGCAGUAUACCGAACAGAAGCUAGUGGAGACCAGCAUUACGGACUAUCAUAAUGAAGUGUCUGAACUUCGAGAUAAACUGAUGGGAUAUGAAUUACAACUGGUGGAUCAGCUGGAGGAGUCCAUCAAAGACUUUGAGCGCAACCUGGCAGACAUGGUGUCAAGCUUCAUAGAGAAUGUGCAAGGUUUAAUUUCGCAAUGCCGUGACCUUGAGAAUAUGCAUCAUGAGAAGCUUUUGGAGAUUGCCAUUGUUACUCUCGAGAAGGUGGUGAAGAAUGAGCUCGAUGAUGAGAUCCCUGAAGACCUCAGACUGCUGUUUGUUGACAAGGACACGAUCAUCAAUGCUGUCACAUCCAGCCACGACGUCCAUCUCUUGAAGAUUGACAACCGAGAGGACGACAUUGUGACAAGGAUCAACUCCUGGAUGUCAAAUAUGAUCGAGGGGUUGCAUGAGGACGAGAUCACAAGGAAUCGAAACAGAGUAUCAGAAAUCACAAAUCUGAUUGAUCACUUACGAGAUGAAAUUGACACUCUAGACUUACAGUAUGGCAACUACUAGAUUAUUAGGUAUUGAUUUGAUCAAUAGAGAGGAUCAGGAAAUCCAGUAAGAAACAUUUCAGAACCGUUAGGAAGUAUGGUAUGAAUGGUUGGGAUACUGAGAGUGAUAUCAGUGGAAAGCAAUCAGCUUGCUUUUUCCAUGCCAGACGCCGUGUGGAGAGGGUGUAUGUAGAUUUGGGAGGAAAAGAGGUGUUCUGACCCCCCCCCCCACACACACACACCUUCUCCUAGAGAGCCUUCUGCCCCCCCCCCCCCCAUGACCAAACAUUUAAAUACAGCCCUGUCCUCUGGCAGACUGAUUCUGUCUAGGGCAGCAUGAGAAUAAGAAUCCAUUUACAUGUAUUAUUAUUAUUUUACUUUGACAUGUUGUGUACAGAAUUAUUUGUUUGUAAAUAAAAUAAAAUACUUCUU